UUACAUCAGACCCAACAAAAAGAUGUAACACAUACUCUCAACAGAUACAAUACCAGUGGAAGCUCAACGUCACCUACCCAAAAACAAGUACACCAUGGUUUCAGAAGUUGACAAAUAGAAUGCUAAGUGAUAUAGAAAAUUGGAAGGAUUUAGAGCCAUUAUGGGUUGUAAAGCCUCGUUUGGAUUCAGUUUCAAG